UUAAAGUAAUUGACGCUGAUAACAGUACCCUGUGCUCGGCUCAACGGGUCUCAAACAGCACUUUCUUUUUGCUUGCCGACAUGCUGACACUGACGAGGCGCUCCCGCGACCUGCUGGCGGCGGGCUGCUGGCCGCGGCGCUGUGCCGCAGCGCUGCUGGGUCCGCACGAGCCACCGCAGCAGCCAACGGCCCUGCUGCCGCCGCUGCCGCUGUCGGCGGAGGGCGCCCGCGGCCUGGCCGGAAGCGCUCCGGGAGGGCCACCGGAUGAGCGACUGCAACGCGCCAGCCGCCUGAUCGACGGCGUGGUGAACCGGGUGGUGGACCGCCUCUCCCGCGGCGACUUCGAGCCGCACCUGGGACCCCUCACCAACGCCAGCGGACACGCCGGCGGCGCCGGCGAGGCAGGCGGCGGCGGCGGCGCCAUGGACACGGGCCGCGGCGCCGUCACGUACGACUACGAAGCCGUCCCGCGGGCCAUUGACAUCGACGCGUUCCGGCGGGCGCUGUCCUCCGCGCUGACGGAGCAUGCCGGCGCGGUUGUGCCGCCCGGCCGCGGCGGCGUGACGGCGGGGGCGGCGGCUGCGGGUCAGGUGGGCAUGGCUGCCGGCGGCAGCACUGCGGGCGCCGCCGCCGCGCAUGAGCUGGCUGAGCGGCUGGUGGAGGCGGGCCCUGGAGAGCGGCAGCUGCUGGCGGACCGCGUGGCGCGCACGGUGACUGGCGAGGAGAUGGGGCGCAUGCUGGCGGAGGAGCCGCUGCCGGUGGUGCGCAGCCGCCUGGCAGACAUGCUGGGGCGUGGGGGCUUCGGCCGGGGCUAGGUAGCGACGGUGCUAGGUGGCGGCGGGGCUAGGUGGCGGCGGGCUGACGGGCGCGUGGUUUUGGGGGGCUGGCGGACGCGGCGGCUAGGCGUGGCGGGGUCAGUGUAGGCAGGCCAAAGACGAUGAAGGAUGCGACUGGCUCACUUUGCGCGGCAGGUCAGCGGUACAUAGAGGCAGGUAUGCGGUAGGCAUGCAUGGGUGACAGGCUGUGGGGUUGUUGCUGUUGGGCCUCAGGAGGACACGUUCUACAAGGUAUACCACAGGCAGACAGGCUGCGCAUUAUUGUGAGACAUACGUGCGGUCAUAUGGCGCUUUGAACAACAGACUGGUGCACUAGAUGAAUGGCUCUUGCUUGGCAGCUAGGCGUGCUGGAACGGACGU